AUUUUAAUAAUAAGUUAUAACAUGUACAUUAUGGAACCGUUAAUAUAAAUACGUUUCUUACUUUCCUGUGCUUAAUUAUUAGUUACCUAAUUGUGUUUGCUACUGUUCAUCAUAAACUUUAAAUCAACAUGUCUGGUAAUGAUGAAUAUGUUGAUGUAAUGACAUCCAGUCCACCUCUAACAACUAGAACAACUUUACAAAGUUCAGGAAUGAAGAAGAAAAAAGUAAAAAAUAAUAAAGACAAUCCAGGAUCAAGUGAUGAAGAACGUUGGUUAAAAGCAAUUGAAACGGGUAAAUUGGACGAAGUUGAUGAUGAGUUGAAGAAAAUUAAAAAAAAGGAUCCAAAAAUGAUGACCGCUAGACAAAGAGCAAUGUUUGACAGAAAAUCUGAUAAAGAAUUCACCGAAGAACUGGUUGCAUUGCCUUCUGGGUAUCGGGAAAAGGUAUUAACUCCAGAAAUGUUGCAAAAAAAAGCUAUUAAAUCCCAAAAAAGAAAACAACAAGCAGAUGAAAAAAGAGAAAAUGAUAAAAAAAGAACCAUGGAAAGAUUGUUGAAAAAACAUGAAAGCAAAUCUAAAACAAAUGCUAAAGGACGGAUGGCAAGAAAGGCUGUUAAUAAUAUUAUUUAUAUUAGUAAAAUGAUAAAGUAUCUCUACUUUCCUGAAUCCAUACUUAAAAAAUCUAAAAAUCAGAAUUUGAAUAAAUUAGUGAAUUUAAAGGUUAAAAAAGAGGUGAGGAAUGCCACUGAACAUGCUUGGUGA